GCCCUCUCUCUCUCUUUUUUUCUCCCUCGUUCUCCAUUUCCAGCUGUUUUUGGAGCACACAGCAAGAACCAGGGAAGUUCUCCACCAAUUGUUUCUGUCCUCAGAGGAGCUUGGCGGUCGGACCCUCCCUCCUUCUAUCUCUCUCCCCUCUCACUCCUCUGUCUCUCUCCCCCUCUCUCUCCUCCCCUUGUUGUGACAGAGCACACCUGCUUGAUCUUGGCUGCACGCGCUCUGAGUCCAAUUACCCCAUAGGCCCUCGCAGCCACUUCACAGUCUCAUCCCCCCCACUCGACUGGAUUUUUGUGAGUCAAGCUCAUCUCUUAAACUAUCUUUGCCUUGCUUCAACUGAGAACAGGCUCCCUGCUCGUAGCGCCAUGAGGUCGGCCUGUCUCUCUCUGCUCCUGGUCACCGCCUGCUGGGCCCUGCCCUUCCGCCAGUCCGGCUUUUUAGACUUCAUGAUGGAGGACGAGGCGGGAUCAGGUCAGGACGAGAAAACAGAUGUCUCUCAUCAGGGUCCUUCAGUCCGUACCUCGCCAGAAGGACCAAAGUGCCCCUUCAGAUGCCAGUGCCACCUGCGAGUGAUCCAGUGCUCUGACCUCGGUCUGAAGACCGUCCCUGAGGACAUCCCAGCUGACACCACCAUGCUGGACCUGCAGAACAACAAGAUCACUGAGAUCAAGGAGAAUGACUUCAAGAACCUCAAAGGACUACAUGCUCUGAUCCUGGUGAACAACAAAAUCAGCACCAUCCACCCCAAGGCUUUCAGUCCUCUGCACAAGCUGCAGCGUCUCUACCUGUCUAAGAACAUCCUGAAGGACAUGCCCGCCAACAUGCCCAAGAGCCUGCAGGAGCUGCGCAUCCACGAGAACGAGAUCUCCAAGAUCAAAAAGGCUACCUUCGAGGGCAUGUCCCAUGUCAUCGUGAUGGAGCUCGGGUCCAAUCCUCUGAAGAGUGCAGGAAUCGAGGCCAAUGCUUUUUCUGAUCUGAAGAGGGUCUCUUACAUUCGCAUUGCAGACACCGAAAUCACAGAGAUCCCUAAAGGUCUGCCCAGCUCUCUCUCUGAGCUCCACCUGGAUGGAAACAAGAUCUCCAAGGUGACCGCUAGCAACCUCGAGGGCCUGAAGAACCUGGCCAAGCUGGGUCUGAGCUACAAUGAGAUCAGCUCUGUGGAAAAUGGCACUCUUGCUAACGUCCCCCACCUGCGAGAGCUGCACCUCGACAACAACGCUCUCACCACUGUUCCUGCUGGCCUGUCCGACCACAAGUACAUCCAGGUGAUCUACCUCCAUACCAACAAGAUUUCAGCUGUGGGAACAGAAGACUUCUGUCCUCCUGGUCUCAACCACAAGAAGGCCAUGUACUCUGGCAUCAGCCUGUUCGGCAACCCUGUUCCUUACUGGGAAGUCCAGCCCAUCACCUUCCGCUGCGUCUUCGACCGCUCCGCCAUCCAGCUCGGCAACUACAGGAAGAAGUAGAGCGUCCCGCGCGCCUCCGCAAGGAAGUGUGUGUUUGUAAAUGAUUGUGUGAAAGUUUUCUAAGUAUGCAUGUAUGACUAGAGCCUCACAACACUGACCCCCGGCAACACUGCCUCCCCAACAAAUGACAAUGCCAUUAUUCACAAAACUUUAGUGGACUUAAACGCAACAUAUCAUUUUUAUUGUAGCUUAAAGGUUGGUGCAACAGUACACAGUUUACACAGCAAACACCAGCAUACUACGGUGAUGCUCUCACACACAGCACAUCAUUCAUAGAAAUAGCUAGGCAAGCACUAACAUUGCAAAUAUGUUCUUGCAUACAUGUUAUUUUCAUUUAACGGAUACAUUGAAAUACAGAGGUGAUUUUUAACCAAAUGGGAAAUGUUUAAAAACCUACUUUAAGUCAGCUUUCUUGACCUUGAGCCAUUGUAUGCAUUUUAAGAAACCUGGCCUGUAGAGCAGGCAGCAAGGGGUUAACUUGUGUUUUAAAAUACCUUUAACAACUGGUAUACUAGAAUGUACUAGAUAUUACCUGUGUACUAGGAAUAGCAUUCAGAGUGUAUUAUUACCUUGAAAGAACUUUGAGUUUCUAUUUGUAUUGUUCUCAAUUCAAGGGAUAAAAUCAACCGUGUCUUCUAUCACAUUGUGAUUUCUUGUGCUGAUUUAGUUUUGGGUGUUUUUACAUUUUUUCUUCAUCACACCUCCUAUCUUGUUCCUCCUCCUAGUGUAUGUUGUUCCAUACAAAAAAACAAGGUGAAAAUAGCUUAUAAAAAUUUAGAAUAAACCAUAUAUGUUUUAAACAGAAGCCAUUCCCAAAGAUUUAUAUGCAUGCUCUUGUUUUUUUUCUUGCAACUUGAACCUGAUGCUUUGUGGAAUCCCUUGUUGAUGCUUGUCUGUAUCUCACGCUAGUUUCCCUGUCAUUUAUUUUUUCCUUUUUCAAGAAUAAUUGGAUGGUGUAUGUGGACCGGCAUGCCCACUGCAAAAAUGUUGGUGUGAAUGUUGUAUGUAUAGACGCUGUAUAUAAAUGCUGUAUAAAAAACCUCUCGUUUUACUUAAAAGGCACAAGCACUUACCAUAGCUCAGACUUAAUAUAUCAGCAACAACGGUGUUCCUCUUUCUUUCCGGAGCAGGGGCUCCAGCUAAGGUGUCCUGAACAAAAUAAAAAUACUAAUGGAAAAA